GCACUAUCGAUCUACAUAGAUAUACAACGCGUAUCACAAUCUGCAAGUUUGUCUUAAAAGUGCGUUUGAUCUCAUAAUCAAGUUUCACAGCAACUUCCCGCAGUUAGAUCAGAGCGGUGAAUGAGAACAGCCCCUCAACAGAAAAAUGAGAGAUCAGGUCAUGAUGCGUGCCCUCAUCAUGAAGGUACAUGCCGACACAACCUUGUCUGCGCAUGAGAAGGCUCAUCGCGUGCAGAGACUCAUGACAUCAACUUACAACGAGAAGUUAAAAGCGUCGAAUGAGAGUCUUAAACAGGAAAGCCCGGGCAGACGUAGUUUAUGUCCGCAGUUCAGACCCAAAUUAUCAUCCACAACACCGUCCACGGAGGUGGUGGGGAAGGUCAUGGGUUGCAAACAUUAUGCGCGUGCGUGCAAGAUUCAGGCUCCCUGCUGCAAAGAGUGGUACACGUGCAGGCUAUGUCAUGAUGAGUCAAAUGACCAUAAAAUGAACCGGCACGAGGUUACCAACAUGUACUGUAUGUAUUGCAACCGUGAGCAGGAGGCUGCGAAGUCAUGCAAAUUUGCUGAUUGUGGUAUGGUCCUGGCUAACUACCAUUGUGGUACGUGCAAUCUAUGGGACGAUGAUGCAACAAAAAAGAUAUACCAUUGUGAUGAUUGCGGAUUAUGUCGGAUCGGGGAAGGUUUGGGCAAAGAUUUUUUCCAUUGCAAUAAGUGCAAUGUGUGUAUGGCGGUCAGCCUCAAGGGUAAACACAAGUGCAUAGAAAGAAAUCUCGAGAGCGACUGUCCGAUCUGCAGCGAAUUCAUGUUCACAUCGACCAGCACCAUCAUAUUCAUGAGAUGUGGCCACUGCAUACAUCAUGCCUGCUACGAGAAGCACGUGACGCAAUCGUACCAGUGCCCCAUAUGUCUCAAAUCACUGGGCAAUAUGAAAUCAUACUUCGAUAAAAUCGAAGAAAUUAUGGUCAGCAACCCAAUGCCAGUCGAAUACCAAGAUUCGAAAAGCAACAUUCUCUGCAACGACUGCGAGAUGAAAUCAACCACCAAAUAUCAUUUCAUGCACCACAAGUGCUCAGAAUGCGCAUCUUACAACACCACGGUGUUAAAUAUAGAACAUGGGUCAGGCUUUGGUCAAAACCAAGGCACCCACACGCUGGAUGCCAUUGGAGGUGACAAUAUGGUUAUAGACGGUGGGGAAUAAGUGUUUAUCCUUAACACACACAUCACGCCUGUGAAGUAUGUGCGCACACAUAAGUUUAUGGCAUGCUCCGAUGUUGAAGUGGAGGAUUACGUAAACUAUAAAAAAAAUCGAACGGGAAGUAUAUAGUAUACAUAUACUUUUUGUAUACUUAAGAUAUAAUAAGACCUGAAAAAGUCUGGUCUGUGACCAGCCUCGCGCAAGUACAUUCUUUAGAUGCUUACUCAAAUGUGCGGGAUGUUCCUUGAAAGCGAAACAAGAAAAGUGACUCACUAGUUUCAUACGACAGCCCAAGCACAAUGACGCUCUGGUGAGGAGUGAAUUAAUAUCAGCCAGAAGCGUACACCUACCAAACGAAUAUAACAAUGUACUCUAAGAAAAUAAAUGCUUGUCUGCAAAACGUUCCUGUGGUGAGAGAUAUUCACAUAUAUCUAUAUGCCUCCCAGGCUUCAUAGGCGAGAAAAAU